CAGUGAAGACAGCCUCCUGAGCAGGAUUGCAGGGGUUCAAGAUGAUUUCCUCAUUAUGGUCAGCGGGGGCUCUCUGCUGUCUGAUGCUGCUUCCAGGCCUGCUGGAGGCCAAAUCUUUGUUAAAUGCCAUCAAGCAGGAAGAGAUGGUCCCCGUCAAUGAUGUGAAUAUUGACUCAGAGAAAGCAAACAGCUUUCUGACUCACUCCAGACCGAAGCGUAACGCGGACCCCAGGUGGUACAGAGGAAACCCAGACUUCCAGGCUUACUACCGCUACUACAGCAGCAUCGGACACACUGAGGGGCUCUAUGAGAUCGACAAGCUGCGGAUGCUCUACCAGCAGAUGAGGUACCUGGAGCACACCUAUGGCCCAAACGCUUCCUAUUUCCAGAGCAAACUGGGAGUGCCGAUGAUCAUGUGUGACCCAGCUACAGACAAGAAGUGCAAAGUCGCUCUUCCUCCCCCACCUCCAAUGAAAGGGGUCCCAAAGCCCACAGAGCCCCCAGCAACCCCUCCUCCUCUUCCUGCUGCUCCAGCCAUUUCCCAGGCCGACGUUCUCUACCUGUGCAACAACAAGGAUCCCCUCUGUAAGCCCCACAUCGUCUACCUGCCCACCGGCUCCGUGCCUGUGCUCUGCGACCCCCGCUACCAUCCCCACUGCACCCCCCAGAAAGCCCCUCCAGCCCCAGUUGCAGUGCCCCAACCUCCUCCCCCUCCACCAAAAAAGUCUGCCCCACCUCCACCAAUCCUCGUCAAGAAGUCUCCCCCGGCCCCCAUCCGCACCUUCAAGGGCAUGGAGUACGACUGUGACCCAUACUGGGACCCCGACUGCCUGAUUGACCACCCACCCAGACCCAUGAAAGGGAAGAUCGUGGUCCCCCCACCGCCACCCCCUCCUGUGGAGGAGGAAGAGAAAGAGAAACCAGUGGAGGUGCCAGUUCCUCCUGCUCCCAUGGAGAAGAAAGUAGCCCACUACCCUUACUACUACCCUAUGCCUUACGACCCCAGGGAUGAUCUGUACGACCCGGUCCGCUUCCAGUACCCACAGCCUGCUGCUGAUGAGCCUGCAGAGUCAGGCCACAGUCAGUAAAACAUCCAGGACGUGUUGGAGGAAAGGUGUGACUUUGAUUGAAAACAUUUAAGUUGAACAAUUUCAUAUUUUCAAGGGUUUUAAGAUCUUGCAAAUGUACAGUCAUGGAAUACAACCUGUACUAAAAUUUGCAGUAUUUGUUUAAACCUUAUUAAAUUGGCAACUGUUAAUGUAUUUACCAUCACUGUCAGCAAGUAAAAAAAGCAGUUUUCAGUCAACACAAGCAUGUAAUGCGAAUUAUUUGAUGAGUAAUGAGAUAAUAAAGUGUCACAAAACAGUU